AUGGACAUGUCGCUGGAUGAUAUCAUCAAGAAAAACAAACAAAAGGGCAACGGUGGACGACGUUCCAGAGAUCAAAAGCGCCGCAGUGUGCGGGUUUAUGGUUCUGGGACUUGUAGGGGCGGACCAAGUCGCCGUUGCAGAAUGACGCCCUACUCAAUGCCGCAGUGUUUUCCAGAGCCAGACAAGAUGAUGGUUGGAGGGUCAGAGUGGGAUUAUGGGACUAAGCUAUUUGUAUCUAAUCUCGAUUACGGGGUCUCCAACGAUGACAUCAGG